AUGGCACCGAAAGCUAGUGGAAAGGCCGUUAAGAAAUCCGGCAAAGCUCAGAAGAACAUUGUGAAGGGAGACAAGAAGAAGCGCAAACAACGCCGUAAGGAAAGCUAUGCUAUCUACAUCUAUAAGGUGUUGAAGCAAGUUCACCCGGACACCGGAGUCUCGUCGAAAGCCAUGAGCAUCAUGAACAGCUUUGUCAAUGAUAUCUUCGAACGUAUUGCUGCCGAAGCUUCUCGUCUGGCUCAUUACAACAAGCGUUCUACGAUCACGUCUCGCGAGGUUCAGACAGCCGUUCGCCUGCUGCUGCCAGGAGAAUUAGCGAAACAUGCCGUUUCGGAGGGAACAAAGGCUGUCACCAAAUAUACCAGUUCCAAGUAAAUUCUUCUGACCAAUAAUUUUAAACAUCGGCCCUUUUCAGGGCCAUCAAUUUGUUACCAAAGAGUUGGACUGAAUUACUUCAUUACCGCUUAUUACAUUUCAUUGUUUCGACAUAAUAUUCAUGUAUAGUAGAACGGGGUGUGGCGGCCAGUCAGUGGGGCGAGGCAGUGAUUUGUUUUUAAAAUUCACGGAGUUGCACUGUUCAACAAAAUUUUAGUUUUCUCGGUGACGUAAUUUCUUAGAAACAUUAUAUUUAGGAAAAAAUCGCUCGCCGAUCUAAGAUUAUCGUUCUUUAUUAUUUAUAAUCAUUCGAGUUUGGGUUAUAUAACAAAAAGUCCAUAAAGCGUUUUUAGCAGUAAAAGUUGUCCUGAAUACGAUGAUAUAAUCAGUUAUGAUAUAAUCAGUUAUGAUAUUUUUGAUAUUCUCAAUAUUUCGAUAUUAUUGAAUGUUUGCGAAAAAUAAUACACGUGGGGCGAGGCAGCCACACUACGCGCAAUACGAAUGACUAAACGCUGUAGUUUGUUGAUUUGUGCUCGGCUUACUCAUUAACAAGCGAGAACAAUGUUUUUAUAUAAGUAUUUUUUUGUAUAAUUUCCAGCUCAAAAAUGAUUAAAAGCACCAUAGCAGUUUAUGUAUUUGAGAAUUUUCUGUUGCAAAGUGACCGAAGUGGCUGCCUCGCCAUACAUUUUCCCGAUUCAUCGGAAAAGCAGUGUCUCCGAAAAAUGGUCGAAAUGAACAUUUUAUACAGAGUUGUUCUCAUACCUGUUCCGACACAAAUAUACGGCUUAACAAAGCGAUUGUUGAGCAUCCAAAAUUUUUUUAUCAUCAGCCCACAACAGGUAAGCAUUCAGAUUGUCAAUACUAUGUUACUACCUAUAUCAGUAUUUAUAUAUUUGUGACACACACGACAAAUCAAAGGAGUGUAUG